AUGAAAGUCCUGCUGGAGAAGAAAGAUGAGACAUACGUCGAUGUUGCCGAGGUACUUGUGUGGAAGUCAUUGAAGAAGUUUUGCGAUGAACGUUAUCCCGAGCAAAAAUUUCGGAACGAUGCUCAGCGUCGAAGCUUCCUGCUCAAGGCCGGGGUGAAGCUCCAGAAGGAUGACACCGGCAGGGAGGGUGUUGCAACCCCGAAGAGUGGCGAGGGCGGGGAAGAGAGGGAGAUAAAGGUGGGGAAGCGCCUCGCUGCCAGCAAGAUCAAGCUGCUGGAUUAUGGAGAUGGCUCCGACUUCAAGAAGGGUGACAUUUCGGAUGCCCAUGCCAAGAAUGCCUCGGGCCUUCGUGUGGCUGCUAACGAUGAGGACCGUUUAUCUGGGUGGCAAUCGUGUGCAGCAUGGGCAUGGGCAGUCAGUGUGGCCAGCAUUGGAAGCAUUAGCGUGAUCAAUGAUUAG